GUUUCUGUGGGUCUGUGGGUUGAUUCCGCUCCGCCGCAGCCAUGCCGCCCAUGCCACCCAUGCCGCCGCAGAGCCAAAGUCAAGCUGAAGCCGCAGAUUUGGAGGAAAUCUUUUGCCUGAGCUGGGAACGCUGGUCCGAGGAGCUGGUGGCCGCCGUGGCGCGGCAGCAGCCCUGGCCGCUGCCGCCGCAGCUGACGGAGCUGCGCCUGCGCCCGGCGCUGCUGCGCCUAGCGGAGGCGGCCAUGAACGCGCUGGCGGCGGUGUGGAGUAAGGACGUGGAGUGCAAACGCCUGGCGCAACAGGUGGAUGAGCUUCAGCGGAUGAAAGGGCAGCCAGUGGCAAGUGGGCCCUUGGCAGUUCAUGAGCAACAAGAGUUGGCCAAGGCCUUGCUAAACGAAGAGCAGGAGGUGCGUCGCCUCCGCGAGCGCGAGCACGCCUUGAGCGAGCAACUGGCGGCGGCGCGCGCCAGCUGUCGGAAGCUGAAGGAUAGGGAAUCCAACGUGGUGCAGCUUGAAGUGGAGCAAAAGGCCCAGUUAGCCGCAGCUAAGAGACUUGAAGCCGAUGCCAAGCAGCAAUUUCAGGACCGCGAAGCGGAACUCCAGACGCUGCGGCUCCAAAAAGAGGAAGUGCUGGCGCAAGUGGCCAAGAAAGAUGCCGUGCAGGCGUCUCUGAGCCAAGAGCUGCGCAAGACCAAGCAGCAGCUGCAGCUAUCGGAUAUUCAGAAGCAGAAAUUGCUCACGUCCUUGCAGGAUGGGCACCCAGGGCAUCUGGGGCAGCUGGUGAGUGAUUUGAAAGUGCUAUGA